AUGGAGCAAAUCGAGUUUCGUGCUGUCAUCAAAUUCCUUACCAAGCAAGGAAAACCUCCUCAAACCAUUAUGAAUGAGAUGGAAACUGUUUAUGGGGAUCAGUGCCCUGGUAAAACAAUGAUUUACAAGUGGCACGGCCUUUUCAAACAUGGCAGAGAAUCAAUUGAAGACGAUCCUCGCCCAGGACGGCCAGUUGAGGCCACCACAUCAGACAAUGUUGAAAAAAUCGAAAAAUUUAUAUUGGAAGAUGCCCGCCUGAAGAAGAAACAGCUGUUUGAAUUAGUAGGAGUAUCAGACAUUACAAUUUUGAGGAUCCUACACGAUCAUCUUGGCAUGACGAAAGUCAGUGCAAGAUGGGUGCCGAGAAUGCUCACGCGCCGCAUCAAAGCACAAACAAAGAAUCGAUGCAUCAAAGCACUUCUUGGAGCUGUGUGGUGCAGAACCUACCCCAAUUUUGGAGCAAAUUGUUACUGGAGAUGA